AUGGUGUUCCAUCACUUGGAAAACGUUCCAGAGAAGAUUAAGCUUUUAGCCAGCUAUCUUGCUCCAGGUGGAGUGUUAAUUUUCACAGAGAUUGACAAGGAUCAAGAUCAUAGCGAUAAAUUUCAUUGCAAGCACAUGACACAUGAGGUGCAAUAUAAGGGUGGCUUUUCAGCAAAUGAGAUCAGUGAAUGGUUAAAAGAAGCUGGUUUUGUAAAUGCAGAGUUUUCUAGAAAUAUCACCACCACAAAGAAAGGAAACGAUGGUAUUGAAAGAGACUUUAUUUUGAUGACCACAAGUGCAUUCAAACAGUAA